AUGCGACGUCCCGCUGUGGAAAAGGGCAGAGCUGCGAAUGUGGCGCCCUUGGUUCUGGGAAUGAGGGGAUCAGGAGGGGCUCCCUACCAAAACUUGGUAGCGGAGCCCAUGGGAGCUCCGAGGACUUUGAGUACGAUUGGUCUCUGCAGAACUUUCUUGACUGUUUUGGUUACGUUGAUUCUGACUUUCGCUGGCCUUGAGAUCCUGACGAUGGAUGAUGGCGCUUCGCUGGUUGAACAGACGACGACCACGAACAGCUGGAUUACGACGAGUGCUGCAGACGACGACGUGUUUGAAAGCCUGGUGACGACAGAUGAGCCCAAUGUGCAAGCGGCAAUGAACUUCAAGCUGAGUUUGACUUUGGAUGUGACAGUUGACGGUUCAGACAAAAUGACUGUAUCCUUGGCCAAUCAGACUGGAUUCUAUGCUGCAUAUCGAAAUGAUGAGUACCUGCGUGAUGGAUUUUCUCCGAGUUUUGACAGACAAAGGGCCCGUACACUGAUGUUUGUGAGUGAAGCUUUUGAAAAUCAGGUCAAUGAAGACAGAGGCCCACCUUUUGUGGGAACAGCCACGUUGAAGUGCCCUCCGAGUUGGUGUGUGGAACGCAAUCAUGUCUACACACUCAGAUCUUGGAUAUCAGACUUGGUAUUGUGGGCAAGUGCGACAGAGUUGGACCCAGCCAGACAUGGUCCAAUUGCAGCUCUUCAGGUGCAAGGUAGUGCCAAAGAACUUAUCCGUGAGUUGACACCCCAACAGCUGCAACAUGGUGACAUCGACCCAAUGACUGGACAGCAGCUGACGGGACUCAUGUUGUUAGUGACUGUUCUUGCACGUCGCUAUGCACCUCUUGAAGCUGAGAACACAACGAAAUCGAUUGCAGAAUUCUUGUCAUUUCGUCGCCAACCUGGAGAAACAAUCGACAGCCUUCUUGUUCGUUUUGAUAUCUUGCGAAACAGGGCACAGAACCGUGCCGGCUUUGCAGUGAAUCUGACGGGUUUGACAUGGCUUUUGCUUCAGUCAUUAGGUGACACAGAUGAUCCAGUUGAAGCCUAUUUGCAGUAUGCCUUUGCUCGCAAACGUUGGCGUCGCAUUUCAAAUAAGUACCCCAGAAGAUAUCGUAAGAGUUUCAAAGGGGGAAAGGGGUAUCGACCAGGAGUGCAUUUCUUUGGAACGGAAAUGGAGAACCUCCGAAGUGUGUCGCAGGCCGGAAGUGCUGUCAGCAGUCGAAAGCGUUCUAGUGCACAUGAACCUGAUGCGACGCCCAAUGCACCCACUAAGUCAGCCGCACGAUGGAGUCCAAGUUUCUUUCCAACAGCCACCACUGAAGUAAACCCAGAAGUUGAACCUUUGAUUGCCAAUGCAUCCCAACCAGUUGUGCCGCCUCCAACUGAACCAGCUCCAGCAACCAUUCUCUUAGGUGUCAGACGCGAUGUUGAAACGCCACUUGACGAGCCCAGUGAACCAGCACGGCCAAGUGGAGUGAAUGCAGCUGCAUCCGUUUCCCAAGCAUCCGUUCCAAAUGCAUCCGCCGCUCAUGCAUCCGUGCCGCAUGGAGUUUCUGAGAAUGUUACAGCAUCCGAUGCCACUGCUGAUGAUGCGAAGUUCAGUAGAAUGUCAAAGCAAGAGCAACAACGGUUGAGAGAUCAGAGUAUAGCUGGUUUACAGAAUGUUUUGCAAAGUUUGGACAAUCGAAGUGAAGUUGGUUCAGCUGUGGGUUCUCAAGUAUCAAAUCCAAAUAUGCUGUCAGGACGUCAUGUGCUCAACCUGGAAAACAGUUUGGUUUCACAGCCGACGAUGCUUCCGAUGCCGUUCAUGUCGCAUGUUCCAGGUGUCCACAUGCAUGCAAUGCCACAGAUGCCCAAUGGCGUAUCCAAAAGCUGUUUGGCCACCACAUGUUUCCCAUCAGUUUCCACAGCCCGGUCAGUCGAGUGGUGCACAGUCUAG